GGUAGGAAGCGUUUAAUUUGAAUAGGGAAAAUGCAUAAAUUAUCGUUGUCGAGUCGACAUCAACAAUCUUGAAGCAUAAUUCCAAUAGAUGUUGGUUUCGAAAACAUCUUAUUAAUAAGAAUGGCAAAAUAAGGGGCAAUAUGAAAUUAAAUUCUGUUUCAUGAUUGUCAUUUUGAUCGUUGAAAACCUAGAAAAUAAGGAAGAAAGAAUCAGUUAAUUCGUAAUAAAAAAAGGAAGUGAAGUGAAAAUUCAAAUGAUAUAUAUAUUUAGACGAGUCCCGCAUAUUCGCAGAUUUAUUUUUUGCCUGUUACAGGGAUUAUGGUAAAAUCAUUGUUAUUCGUUUCCCCUUGGCAUAAUCACGCCACUAUUUAACUAGCGUGGUCAGGGAGUUUUUCACAGUCGUUCAGGUGAACACAUUCAUUACAGCAUCAGUUGGAAGAACAAGAAUUUCUAGUUUUAACAUGAAGUCGUCAAAGUUAGGUUUCUCUGGACUUUUCUUGGGUCUUUUGGGCGCCAUGUUCAUUGGUAAUUCAAUGGCGGCCCCAGCAAGCGGGAGACAAGCGCGUAUUGAUUGGAUGAAAGGUUGGAUAUUUGGCCAGUCCCGAAGUCUCCAGAAUAUGACGGUGACAUUGCAGGAAGAAUUUGCGUCGGUCCGUACGGGUAGCAAAGACAACGAUGAGUAUUACCUCAGAAUUCCAUGCUUACCACGACCUUCAUUUGAUCAGGAUGGUGUUUCCGAAACAGCUCUCUUGGAAACAGAUGUAAAACAGUUGUAUAUCUUCAAAACUUUUCUUUCCAUUAUGAAAAAUCAAGAAGCCCAGAUCCAAAACAGUCCUUUUAAGGGAAGACUGCAAGAUGUAGAGAACGGAGUCAACCUCCUCAUCUCACAAAUGAAUGAACUGCAACGGCAACUUGGGAGUAAAGUGACUGGCCCAGGAAGCUCUCCCCAGCCCACCUGCGCGCCACCUUCAACACAGAAGGAACAGGACAAAUGGAAACUCGCAAUAAUCAAGGAAUUCAGCUUAUGGCUAAUCCCAAUUUUGGCUGAAUUUCAUCAGGCAAACACCUUCGCUUGAUUCAUCUGAUCCAAGAGUUAGCUUGUUCGUACAUUGUAUCAAUGAACCAUAUAAUGUAGAGCUCAGUGCUCGUUGCUUUAGAUCCAUCUCGUGUUUGUAUUAAAUAGGAUUACCUUGUCAUCAUUGGACUAUAUCUAGUUGCACCUUGCUAGGAAGCCUUUUUAUCUUCCAUUUAUUAUUAAAUAUUGGUACAGUAAAAAACCAUCACUUUUGUAUGGACUAAAAUAAAUUUAGAGAGUAUUUUUUCAACUUGACUUAAGAGUCAUUAGAGAGAAAAUUUUAUUAAAUUUCAUUCAAUUCUACAUUUUUUGAGCUCUAGCGAUUGUACUUCGUAUUUCUAGUUUUGAUAAUUUGAAUAAAUUUGAAUUUUUGUAACA